GCAACGCUGAGAGACCGCACGCGUAUCGCUCCCGCUAGGACUUCAAGACAAAUCGCAAGGCCCUGCCGCCGCUUCACGCCAAUCCGGAGAAAGUGCGACAACAGCUUCGCACUUCCGACCCAAACACCUUAGUUUGCCCAGCAUGAUCAUUUCGAAGUCUCACAGGCGCAUCAUCUACGAGUCCCUCUUUAAGGAGGGCGUGUUGGUCGCCAAGAAGGACUACAACGCCCCCAAGCACGAGGAACUUGAUGUGCCUAACCUCGAAGUCAUCAAGGCCCUGCAGAGCCUUACUUCCAAAGGUCUCGUGAAGACGCAGUUCUCUUGGCAGUGGUACUACUACGUCCUCACUCCCGAGGGCGUUGACUACCUUCGCGAGUGGUUGAACCUCCCGAGCGAGAUCGUUCCUUCAACGCACAAAAAGGCCGUUCGCCCGCCUCGCCCGGCGCAGGUGCGUGGCCCCGGCGGCGAGGGCGCCUACCGCCCUCCCCGCGGCGAUCGCGAGGACUACAGGAAGAAGGAGGGUGGUGCGCCUGGCGAGUUCCGGCCACAGUUUGCUGGUGUCGGCCGCGGUGCACCCCGGGAGUAGACGACCAUCCACGACGUUCACGAGAAGUAGAACCCGCCGUCGGACUCUCAUGCAUCUCCUAUAUCGGUUCGCACUCGCAUGAGGGCGCAUGCGUCGGUUGGCAUGUCGUGACCGUAUGGCGCUGGGGAUGGCGGAACAGGGCUGCUGCUUUGACUAUGUAGGAGAGGUGUUACGAUAUUGCUGCCAUCCGUCGCAAAAUUGUAGUAUGAGCACUCCAUGCCUUCGCUUAUACUAUGUUUACGCUUUCGUAUUCUCCCGCUCUAUGGCACAUGAUGCUGUGGUGAAUGCCCCGAAGUCAAUGUAGGAAGGGUGACCGUCUGUUUAGUUGUGCACGAAGGGUUGUCAAGAGGACCUGAAUAUCAU